AUGACACAUCACAAAGACGAGAAAUCCUCAAAGAGCAAAGAGGUGUUAAGGUUUACUCUAAAGAUACUAUCAGAAAUUAAAAUCAAGCAAAAUAAACUGGAAAGCUGAUAGUGGUACCCUUUGAAUCACCAUGGAAAUGCAAAGCUGGAAAGGCAACUACUGAUGCAGAACCAGAUGAGAGAGAGACAAACAGCCAUGCAGAUUGCUUGGACACGGGAAUUUCUCAAAUAUUUUGGGACAUUUUUUGGACUUGCUGCUAUAGGUUUGACAGCUGGAGCAAUAAAAAAGAAGAACCUAGGAGUUCUACUGCCAAUAGUUCCCUUAAGCUUUAUACUUGCCUAUCAAUAUGAUAUGGGCUAUGGGACACUGUUGGAAAGGAUAAAAGGUGAAGCAGAGAACAUAUUGGACACACAGAGCACUUUGCUAGAAUUGCCGAAAGGACCUCUCACUUAUGAAGACCUUGAGAAAAUCAGAAGAUCUCAGAGCAAGCUCUUCACAGAAAAAUAG